AUGGCUAUAAUAUCUCAGUAUCUUGAACGAGCAUUACUGGCCACCCUUAGCUAUGGCGAGGUGCCAAAGCACAUCGCGAUGAUCAUGGAUGGCAAUCGAAGAUAUGCCCGUACACAUAACAUGCCAAUCAAAGAAGGUCACCUCAAGGGGUUUGCAAAUGCAGCAAAUGUUGGUGCUUUUACACCGAGUGCAAAAUUGAGAACGCAUUGA